UCUUUCACCCUGGCGUAUUGUAUCAUCUACGGCAUUGUGUGGAUUUGUGCCUGAGUCUGUCCCCAGAGUCCAAAGACGGCGUGGGAACGACUAGACACUCAAGGAUAACCCCCAACAAGAUGGCAACUCAAAAUCCUGCCAUGGCUAGAAGUAAUUCACCUGACCUCUUUUUUACCCCCGCCCGCCAUAAGCAACUCGAUGCCAUCGAGAGCAAAUAUCAGCUUAUCUCGGAGGCUCAAGAGAAAGAGUAUACGCAAGCCAGGGCUACUUUACUUGCUGCUGCCAGGGAAGAAGCUGGUUGUUUGGCAAAUCGAAGCGAUAUCCCCGUGGAUAUUGACAGAAAGAUGCGGGAACUCAUGUCCAACAAUCUCGACCUGCGCCUUAACGCUCUGAUAAGCGACUUUGAAAGAAAAACAGCCGACUGCGAGAAGGAGAGGAAGGCCGCCGUAUGCCACUACCUACGUGAAGAAUUCAAGCAACUCCCUAAAGCAGAGCUUAAACGCUCUGGUAUUGCUCUUCGAAACGACCGCUCUACACCGCGGGACGGCAGCGACGAAAGUAUCAAUGUUGGCUCCUCCGCGAGUUCUGCAAAUAUUGACCAAGAAGUCGCCAAUGACGGUCUUGCAAGUCGUCAGAAAACCACGGCGACACCGAAGUCCGACCCCACGUACUCGUCAGGCCCUCGGCCCGAACCCUCACUGGUGACUCCCACUAUAUCCAACGCAGCCCGUCCCACUCUCCCCAAGAGAUUCAGCGUCGGCGGCAUCAGAUCUGCAAGGAAUUCCUCCGUUCAUCAUGCUCCAGUCCCGAGCCACCCGCAUCCGUCUCCGAGGCCGGCCUCGGUGGGUAGCCAGGAAAGGGCUCCAGUGUCAAGCCAGAAGAAGGCGCGCUCUGUGUCCUUUUCCAGUCAAGCCUCUGUUCAAAGCGGGAGCCCGCCCAAGCGCAAGAGUACUUCGGCACUGGAACCCAGUGCGCAAGAAUCCGGCCGCACCAAACGCCCCAAGACAGCAUCAGACAAUCCGCAAGGCGAGAGGACGGUGACGUACGACGAAGUAUACCAAGAUGGGAAAGCCAAGUACAAGCACGCCAUCUUGGGCUGGGAAGGACAAUGGUAUAUCCUCAAGUGCGAGGAACACGGCGUCCACUUUCGUAUGCAGGCCAUCAACGCCGCUAUGAAGCACCUCGACUCGGAGGCCCAUGGCAAACUGAAACGCUAUUCAGACCGGGCUGUGCGGAUGCUGGGGUACCGCGUCCUCGGCUGCAAUGAAGAGCUCGCCGAGAAGCAUAACGCGAUUGUCAAGGAAGCCUUUGAAAAUGGCUACACACCACUCGGCAUGAAUAUGAAGGGCCGGUGCAAACAACCAGAAACGCAAGACUCUGCUGUGCCUGGCGCUCCCGGGGCCACCAGCCUCCCCACCGCGACAGGGAUGCUUCCGAUCAGUGGAAAUGCUCAGGCGCUGGAGGGGAAAAGCGCGAUAGUAGCUGCAAACCCUUCCCGUGUUGCCCAGAAGCAUGCCAACAAACACAUGCAGAAAGGUCUGGGUAUCAUCACUAAUCCCAGGGCUGGUGAGCUCUACUUCGCGACCCCGAGAACGAAGCCGGGCGAGAGAACUCGCAGGUACGUCGUUAUGAUCCUCGCUUGGAAGGAUCUCACUCCCUGCGGCUAUGGCGGCACCACACUGGGCAGCUUGUCCCUCUUGCGGGAUGCGCAUCGCCAAGCAUGUUACAGGUACGAUCAAGACGGCAUCGCCAGAUGGGCGCCGGGCUACGAGGAUGGGGGCAAGUCGGUCAAGAACCGAUUCUUCCCCGUCCUCUGGUUCGAAAGAAAGAGCACCAGGGAGGGAUGGGUGCGAGCUGUGGAGCUUUCCAACUUUCCGAUGUAUCCGGUGCCCGUUCUAGGCCCGGACCAUCCCGAAAUGCGUGCGCGUGCCCAGCACAAGCUGGGACGGCAGCUUAUGCGAGCCAAGGGAGCCAAGGGAGCCAAGGGCGUUCAAGUGGCCGUGGGGAGAGACGAAGACCCCGACGCGACGGAUUGUGACUCGGACUCGGACGUGCACCCAGGAGAAACGGCGGAUCGGGAUGGGAAUGUGGAGAUCCCCACGCUAGAUGACGAGGACGACAUGGACUACGAGUACGAGGACGUUGCGUCGAAUCCCGAUUCGAUCACCGAAGAUCUGCCCAGCACAGCCACCACACCGCCGCCGGCCACGAGUUUUGUCGAUCUUACUACGCCUUCGCGUUUGGGCGCUGCCGCCGGCACACGAUUAUCGGCAAGGAAGACCACCACGGACAUUGACGUGCUAAUGUCGAAUGCGCCUGGUCGUGGGCCACAGCCAUCGCCGAGCAUCGACCGCGCCCGAGAACGACAUGGUCCUCUUUCUGCAUUGAAAGACGGUCGGCCUACAGGGACCGAGAAACCUUCUGCGAAUAACGUCACCUCCGGUGCCGAUCAACGGGAGGAAGACACUGGACUGUUCGCAGAGGCCGAGCCACGCGAAUCACCAAAUGGACGAAAGGAAGACCAGGAAGGAGAACGAGAAAAACUGCAAGUGCGUCUCGGAACCCCAGUUCCACUUAGCCUCGCCGAAGAGGAAGAACGCCGGGAGUCGGGUGAGAGGGAGGCCUCUCACGAUGGCAAAGGAGACAAGGUCUCCGAGAAGUGUGAGAUGCAACAGAAGUCGCAGCAGGACAUGCGAGGCCAGAAUGUCAUGGCGCCCCCGGCCAUUUCCACCUCUGAUGCGCCGGCAGUGGAUGGGGGUAAAGAGGAAAAUAGCGCGAACGAUGCCGGGCAGACGGACAGGGAGCCGGUCGGCCAACCCCAACAGCAUCAACCGCAACGACUUCAGUCUCGACAAAAUGCAGUCACCGGCGGUGUCCACAUGCAGCCUCCACAAACUCAGGGAGCGAAUCACUCGGGACCGAGUGCCGAGGUCGAACUUGGAGAGAACCGGCCGCGGUUCCUGCAAGACCUGGCAAAACACAGCCGGGAGACGACGGGAUCUAGGGACGAACGUGUCCCGCGCGACGCAUCCGACUCUCAGGCGAAGGACGUUCCGGCAGUGACGGCUAGACCGGGCAUGCCAGGUACGCCGAAUAGCGACAGUCUCGGCCGCAGACACAGCGACUGGGCCGCGAGCUCCGGGUGGAUGGGGAACCCGGGCGAACUGGCACGGCGCGCGGUUCGACGACCAUCGGAUACGCCGCCGGAUUCCCGUUACUCUCCCGGUACCAGCGCCCCGAGGGGCCAGUCUCCCUUCGCUGUGGUGAAGAGCGAGCCGGACGCGUUAGACCUGUGCGCGUUCCGGCAGGGGGCCCGGCAGUGGGAGGCAGGGUCGGCGGCCGAUGCGGCGCGUCUUAGGGUUGACGAGAUCGGCGGCGUGGCGCGGGCGAAGGAGGGCACGGCGGAGGAGAUCAUAGUGGAUCCUCGACGGGUGCUGCGAUUCCAGUAUAACCGUAGCAGGGACAGAAGUCGGCAUGAGGUUGUGCUGCACUACGGGGAGCGGCCGGAGGAGGAACAGCGGCUUAUACUAGAGACCCGUCUAGGGCGGUCCAAGAUGCAGGGGCUUCGGUUGGUGAAAUGGUUGCGGGACGUAAAUCCGCGGGUGGUACAGUUGGCUGAGGUUAUCCUCCCCUAAUAAGUUCAACAGUACGACGGGGGUUUAUCAGAUACUUUAAUACUCGACAAUGGUUUGUUCAAGGGGGGACGUGAGGUUAGGAAUUUUAAUACAGAAUAAAUAUUUAUUCCGAUAAGAGAAACACUUAU